AUGAGUCCCGUUCAGAAUUUCGAGCAACAUUCUCGCCAUCUCGUUGAGUCAGACCUCACUGUUCAGGCGAGGUUGCAAAUGGUGAUGGAGGUUAGGGAUAGUCUUGAAAUUGCUCAUACUGCUGAGUAUUUGAAUUUUUUGAAGUGUUAUUUUCGGGCCUUCUCGGGGAUACUACUGCAAAUUACAAAGCCACAGUUUGUGGACAAUCCUGAACAUAAGCUUAGGAAUAUUGUGGUUGAGAUAUUGAAUAGGCUACCACACAGUGAAGUUCUUCGGCCUUUUGUACAAGACCUCUUGAAGGUUGCUAUGCAGGUGCUUACAACGGAUAAUGAAGAAAAUGGGUUGAUUUGUAUUCGUAUAAUCUUUGAUCUUUUGAGGAACUUUAGGCCGACUUUAGAAAAUGAAGUCCAGCCUUUUCUGGACUUUGUAUGCAAGAUUUACCAAAAUUUUAAAUUGACUGUUAGUCAUUUCUUUGAGAACAUGGCAAUGACAGGGGAGGAUGUCAAGCCGAUUGAUAACUCACUUUCGGAUCAAGGUAUAAACCCUGCUACUGCCACUGGCUCGCAGCUCAAUCCAAGUACCCGUUCAUUCAAGAUAGUUACGGAGAGUCCACUGGUGGUGAUGUUUCUGUUUCAAUUGUAUAGUCAUUUUGUCCAAGCAAAUAUUCCUCAAUUAUUGCCUUUGAUGGUUACUGCUAUAUCGGUUCCUGGCCCUGAAAGGGUUCCUCCUCAUUUGAGAACUCAUUUCACUGAACUCAAGGGCGCACAAGUCAAGACAGUUUCUUUUUUAACGUAUCUGUUGAAAAGCUAUGCUGAUUAUAUAAGGCCACAUGAAGAAAGUAUAUGUAAAAGUAUUGUGAAUUUGCUUGUAACAUGUACUGACUCUGUAACCAUUAGAAAGGAGUUACUAAUAUCCCUGAAACAUGUCCUUGGAACUGAUUUCAGGAGAGGCUUAUUUCCUCUGAUUGACACUUUACUGGAACAGAGGAAUCUGGUUGGGACUGGGCGGGCAUGCUUUGAGACGUUGAGGCCCUUGGCCUAUAGUCUUCUGGCAGAAAUUGUACAUCAUGUUCGGCAGGAUCUGUCCUUAUCACAGUUGUCGCGAAUAAUUUACUUGUUUUCAAGUAAUAUGCACGAUGCUUCAUUAUCAUUGAGUAUCCACACCACUUGUGCUCGCUUGAUGUUGAAUCUGGUGGAACCAAUUUUUGAGAAAGGGGUUGAUCAACAAUCUACAGAUGAAGCAAGGAUCUUAUUGGGCCGUAUUCUGGAUGCUUUUGUUGGGAAAUUCAGUACUUUCAAACGGACAAUACCACAGCUUUUGGAGGAGGGCGAUGAAGGAAAGGAUCGUUCUACAUUGAGAUCAAAGCUUGAACUCCCCGUGCAGGCAGUUUUCAAUAUUGUGGGCCCUCCUGAAUAUUCAAAGGAAGUAAAUGAUUACAAGCAUCUGAUUAAGACACUGGUGAUGGGAAUGAAGACCAUCAUAUGGAGCAUCACUCAUGCACAUUCUCCUAGAUCCCAGGUGCUUGUCUCACCUUCAUCACCACCUCAAGCAUCUAGGGGCAUGAGAGAAGAUGAGGUCUACAAAGCCUCUGGUGUUUUGAAAAGUGGUGUUCAUUGCUUAGCACUUUUUAAGGAGAAGGACGAGGAGAGGGAAAUGCUUCAUCUUUUCUCACAAAUUUUGGCCAUCAUGGAACCUCGAGAUCUUAUGGAUAUGUUCUCUCUGUGUAUGCCUGAGCUUUUUGAGUGCAUGAUCUCCAACACACAACUUGUCCAUAUAUUCUCUACUCUUCUUGCGGCCCCUAAAGUGUACCGGCCAUUUGCUGAUGUGCUUGUUAAUUUUCUUGUAAACAGCAAACUUGAUGUGUUGAAAAAUCCAGAUUCACCUGCAGCAAAACUGGUCUUGCAUCUCUUUAGGUCUAUAUUCGGUGCUGUUUCUAAAGCACCUUCAGAUUUUGAACGGAUUUUGCAGCCUCAUGUGCCUGUCAUAAUGGAAAAUUGCAUGAAAAGUUCUACUGAAGUUGAAAGACCUCUUGGUUACAUGCAGUUGCUUCGAACAAUGUUCCGGGCACUUUCAGGGUGCAAGUUUGAGCUUUUGCUGCGGGACCUGAUCCCCUUGUUGCAGCCUUGCCUCAAUUUGCUAUUGGCUAUGUUGGAAGGGCCAACUGUGGAGGAUAUGAGAGAUCUUCUAUUAGAGCUCUGCAUGACCAUGCCUGCCCGUUUGAGCUCUCUGUUACCAUACCUGUCUCGUCUUAUGAAGCCUCUGGUAUUAUGUCUCAAGGGAAGUGAUGAACUAGUAAGUCUUGGUUUACGAACGCUAGAGUUUUGGGUCGAUAGUUUAAAUCCUGACUUCCUAGAACCCAGUAUGGCUAAUGUCAUGUCUGAGGUGAUUCUGGCCUUGUGGUCUCACCUAAGACCAGCUCCCUAUCCUUGGGGUGCUAAAGCAUUACAGCUUCUUGGAAAGUUAGGUGGGAGAAACAGGCGAUUCCUCAAAGAGCCUCUGGCACUCGAGUGUAAAGAGAACCCCGAGCAUGGGCUUCGCCUGAUUUUGACAUUUGAGCCUGCCACCCCAUUCUUGGUGCCACUUGAUCGAUGCAUAAAUCUCGCUGUAGAAGCUAUAAUGAACAGAAAUUGUGGCAUGGAUGCUUUCUAUCGGAAGCAGGCUCUAAAGUUCCUUCGUGUGUGCUUAUCAUCUCAACUCAAUUUACCUGGAACUGUUACUGAUGAGGGAAGCACAUCCAAACAGCUGUCUACAUUGUUGGCUUCUACGGUUGAUCAUUCUUCACGCAGGUCUGAGUCAAUUGAUGUAAAGGCUGAUUUAGGAGUUAAGACGAAGACUCAACUUAUGGCUGAGAAAUCUGUUUUCAAGAUUCUUUUAAUGACUAUCAUUGCUGCCAAUGGUGAGCCAGAUCUCACAGAUUCUGCAGAUGAUUUUGUUGUCAAUAUAUGUCGCCAUUUUGCGAUGAUAUUUCACGUCGAUUCUUCAUUCAGCAAUGUAUCAGCAGCGGCAAUGGGUUCAUCGCUAUCCGUGCAUGUUGGUUCUAGGAUAAAAUCUAGUGUUUGUUCAAAUCUGAAGGAGCUGGAUCCUUUGGUAUUCUUGGAUGCUUUAGUUGAUGUACUGGCAGAUGAAAACAGGCUCCAUGCCAAAGCUGCUCUUGAUGCUUUAAAUGUGUUUGCCGAAACACUUGUAUUUCUUGCUCGUUCAAAACAUACUGAUUUCGUAAUGUCCAGAGGGCCUGGCACACCUAUGAUUGUCUCUAGUCCAUCAAUGAAUCCCGUGUAUUCUCCUCCCCCUAGUGUGCGUGUUCCUGUGUUUGAGCAAUUAUUGCCCCGUCUUCUUCAUUGUUGCUAUGGACUUAAAUGGCAAGCACAAAUAGGCGGUGUCAUGGGACUUGGUGCUUUGGUUGGAAAGGUUACUGUUGAGACCCUCUGCCUUUUUCAAGUAAGAAUUGUGCGAGGUCUAACAUAUGUCCUUAAAAAGCUUCCAAUUUAUGCUAGCAAGGAGCAGGAAGAGACAAGUCAAGUGCUCACUCAGGUUCUUCGAGUAGUGAAUAAUGCCGAUGAAGCAAACAGUGAGGCACGGAAAAAGAGCUUUCAAGGAGUAGUAGAUUUUCUCGCUCAAGAGCUAUUCAACCAGAAUGCCUCUAUCAUUGUGAGAAAGAAUGUACAAUCAUGCUUGGCACUUUUAGCUAGCAGGACUGGUAGUGAGGUGUCCGAAUUACUAGAGCAAUUGUAUCAUCCAUUCCUCCAGCCUCUCAUAGUGCGGCCGCUUAAGUUGAAGACAGUUGAUCAACAGGUUGGAACAGUUACAGCAUUGAACUUUUGUCUAGCCUUGCGGCCACCUCUUCUCAAGUUGACUCCAGAGUUAGUUAACUUCCUCCAAGACGCAUUACAAAUAGCAGAGUCUGAGGACAAUGCAUGGGUUGCUAAGUUUAUCAACCCCAAAGUUGUGACAUCGUUGACUAAACUUCGAACAGCUUGCAUUGAACUGCUAUGCACAACAAUGGCAUGGGCUGAUUUUAAGACUCCAAAUCAUUCUGACUUGCGUGCAAAGAUCAUCUCAAUGUUUUUUAAGUCUUUAACAUGCCGGAAUCAAGAUAUUGUUGCUGUUGCUAAGGAAGGCCUGCGGCAGGUUAUAAAUCAAAGGAUGCCCAAAGAACUUUUACAAAGCAGCCUUAGGCCUAUAUUGGUCAAUUUAGCUCAUACAAAAAAUCUCAGCAUGCCUCUUCUACUAGGCCUUGCCCGCCUGCUUGAGCUGUUAUCCAAUUGGUUCAAUGUUACCUUGGGCGGAAAACUUCUAGAGCAUCUAAGGAGGUGGCUGGAGCCUGAAAAGUUGGCACAAUGUCAGAAGUCAUGGAAGGCUGGUGAAGAACCAAAGAUAGCUGCAGCUAUAAUUGAUCUUUUUCACUUGCUUCCUCCCGCUGCUUCUAAGUUCCUCGAUGAACUUGUAACCAUGACUAUUGAUUUGGAAGGAGCUCUUCCUCCUGGACAAGUAUACAGUGAAAUAAAUAGUCCAUACCGCCUUCCAAUUACAAAGUUUUUAAAUCGAUAUGCACCUGUUGCGGUUGAUUAUUUUCUUGCUCGAUUAAGUGAACCAAAAUAUUUCAGGCGUUUUAUGUAUAUAGUUUGUUCAGAAGCCGGUCAGCCGUUGAGAGAUGAACUUGCAAAAUCACCACAAAAGAUACUUUCUAGUGCAUUCUUUGAAUUUCUUCCCAAAUCUGAGGUGUCAAUGGCUUCAUCAUCCACGACUACACAUACUACUUUAUCAAGUGAAGAAAGCCAUGUUUCUGCAUCGACCGAUGCCCCUAAUGUUCUUGUUCCUACUUCCAAUGCAACUUCCGAUGCUUACUUUCAGGGUCUAGCACUUAUUAAAACCCUAGUCAAAUUAAUACCCGGCUGGUUACAAAGUAAUCGUGUCGUGUUUGAUACAUUAGUACUAGUAUGGAAGUCACCUGCUAGAAUAUCCCGGCUGGAAAAUGAACAGGAACUGAACCUAGUGCAAAUCAAAGAAAGUAAAUGGCUUGUGAAGUGCUUUUUGAAUUACUUAAGACAUGACAAAAAUGAAGUAAAUGUUCUCUUUGAUAUACUUACCAUAUUCUUAUUUCAUAGUCGGAUCGACUAUACAUUCCUGAAGGAGUUUUACAUCAUUGAGGUUGCAGAAGGUUAUUCUUCGAGCAUGAAAAAGGCCCUCCUGUUACAUUUCCUCAACCUUUUCCAAUCAAAGCAACUUGGGCACGACCAUUUGGUGAUUGUAAUGCAAAUGCUUAUUCUUCCAAUGCUUGCACAUGCCUUUCAAAAUGGGCAAAGUUGGGAAGUUGUUGAUCCUGCAAUUAUUAAAACAAUCGUCGACAAACUUCUUGAUCCUCCAGAAGAGAUUUCUGCAGAAUACGACGAGCCUUUAAGAAUAGAAUUAUUGCAGCUUGCAACUUUGCUUCUUAAGUAUCUUCAGAAUGAUCUUGUCCAUCAUAGGAAGGAACUAAUAAAGUUUGGGUGGAACCAUCUUAAGCGUGAAGAUACUGCAAGCAAACAAUGGGCAUUUGUGAAUGUUUGCCAUUUCUUGGAAGCAUAUCAAGCGCCUGAAAAAAUAAUACUUCAGGUUUUUGUAGCUCUUCUUAGGACCUGCCAACCAGAAAAUAGAAUGUUGGUCAGACAGGCUCUUGACAUUCUAAUGCCAGCACUGCCACGACGUUUGCCUCUCGGUGAUUCUCGGAUGCCCAUAUGGAUAAGAUACACAAAGAAAAUACUUGUUGAAGAAGGUCACUCAAUUCCAAAUCUUAUUCAUAUAUUCCAACUUAUUGUCCGCCAUUCGGAUCUAUUCUACAGCUGUAGAGCACAGUUUGUUCCACAGAUGGUGAAUUCUCUGAGUCGCCUGGGAUUGCCAUACAAUACCACAACAGAGAACAGACGACUUGCCAUUGAGCUUGCUGGAUUAGUUGUUAACUGGGAGAGGCAAAGACAAAAUGAGAUGAAAGUUGUUACUGAUUCUGAUGCUCCGAGCCAAAUCAGUGAUGCCUUUAAUCCUAACUCAGCUGAGUCUAAGCGAGCUGUGGAUGGGUCCACAUUUGCCGAUGAUACAACUAAGCGAGUCAAAGCAGAACCUGGUCUUCAACCUCUCUGUGUCAUGUCACCUGGUGGUCCGUCAUCAAUCCCCAACAUUGAAACCCCAGGAUCUACUAGUCAACCUGAUGAAGAAUUUAAACCAAAUGCUGCUAUGGAGGAGAUGAUUAUAAAUUUUCUUAUCAGAGUUGCUUUGGUUAUCGAACCCAAGGACAAGGAAGCAAGUGCCAUGUACAAACAAGCUUUGGAGCUACUUUCACAAGCUUUAGAGGUGUGGCCAAAUGCAAAUGUAAAAUUUAAUUAUUUGGAGAAGCUGUUGAGCAGUAUACAACCAUCUCAAGCAAAAGACCCUCCCACUGCGCUGGCACAGGGUUUGGAUGUCAUGAACAAAGUUUUAGAGAAACAGCCUCACUUGUUCAUAAGAAACAACAUUAACCAAAUUUCUCAAAUUCUUGAACCAUGUUUCAAGCAUAAACUUUUAGACGCUGGCAAGUCUUUUUGCUCACUGUUGAGAAUGAUUUGUGUUGCUUUUCCUCAAGAAGCGGCUUCAACACCUCCUGACGUUAAAUUGUUGUACCAGAAGGUUGACGAUUUGAUACAAAAGCAUGUUUCCACAGUCACAGCUCCUCAAACAUCUAGUGAUGAUAAUAAUGCCGGUGCAAUUAGUUUUUUAUUGCUUGUCAUUAAAACAUUGACUGAGGUACAGAGGAAUUUUAUUGAUCCUUUAGUUUUGGUUCGCCUUCUUCAGCGGCUGCAACGUGAUAUGGGUUCAUCAUCAGGUUCUCAUAUAAGACAAGUAUGUUAG